AUGGAGGCCAGAGCGAAAGCCACGCUUUGGCAAUCCGGCAAGACGUACCAGAAGGAAGCGAAGCCCAGCAACAGAGGCAGACGCAGAAACACAUUUUUUGGUCUCUCAUCGCGCCCGUACGUCCGGGCUUACGAGCGGAGGGCGGUACUAUCUGGAGAUGGCCUGGCUCGCUUACACCCUCACGAGCUCCGCCAACCUGAGAUCUUCCAUGUCGGCUUCAGUAAUGAGGAAGUGAGAUACUUGAGACAAAUCGCCAGACCUCUUUACGGUGCAAGGGGACACCGGGAGAUAACGGACAAGGAUGCCUGGGAGGACCUCCGCCAUCUCUCCAAAAAGGCCAGAAAGAGCCGGCGAAUGGAUGAGAUCUUGGCACUACAUGCACAGGGCUACCACACUACCUUGGACACCCCACCUAGGGAUCUGCUCACCCGAUCAGUUAGUGAUGUCGAGAACUUUUUAAUGGAUAUCAGCGAACGCAAAUGUCGUCCUACCCAACACAUACUCACACUCGGUCGCGAUGAAGGCCAGAACCCUGAGCUUAGUACUCGGACGGAUCCCGUACCUUCCCUUCUCUUCACCCGGGAGAUCGCCGGGAACCGUGGGUUCGGGUCUCUCAGACGGUACGAAAACUUCUCCACUGCGUUCAAGGUUACUUGGGAGGACCACCUGGAACCGCGGAUCGAGUGGACUGGCUGUGCUGGUGAUAUUUCGACUAUCAGCUGGGUGUCCAAAUCACAGUUCAUCUGUGGCACUACAACCCAUUCUGAUUCCCACAAUCAGCAAUACAACAAGCCUGGAAACCUGCUCCUGGGUUCGUGUCGGGGAACGUUGCGAGCAUAUCCCGAUCAUCGAAUCAUACGCCCUGGAGUGUCCCAUGGUGACAAUGCGCUUGCGUCCAUGGUCGAGAGCCAGGACCCUUGGUUGUUCAGCUCGGUGGUCUCAUCCGACUACGACGACAUGCACAAUUUGGCCUUCACGUCUAGUUUCGACCAAACUGUGAAGAUCUGGAAGGUCGAGAACGACUCCAUGACCGCAAUAGGAACCUGGGGACACGAAGGCCGGGUGAACUUUGUGGUGGCGUCUCAACACCCCUACGGCCUGGUAGCGACGGCUGCUGAUGUUCUCACCGACGCUGUUCGCGUUUAUCACUUCGAAUGUACUACGGACAACUUGCGGUCCCGGUUUGACGCCUACUCUUGCACACGAAUACACGACGAGGACUACGUACCAUCCGACAAAUGGGGCUAUUUCCCGGCAGCUAUACGAUGGGGCUUGGCGCCAGCAGUCCAGCACAUACUUCUCGUCGGCUACUCUCCCCGAAGCCUACACGGCGAAGAACACGAGAUUCCGGAAGACAAGGUCAACACGGGCGAGCUCUGUCUAUGGGACACCCUCACGAAGACGCAGAUUAAGGUCCAUGGCGGGGCGACGCAGAACGUCUUCGAGGUGAUUUGGCAUCCCUCUCGAGACAGUUUUGCCGCGGCAACCUCGAAGGCGGACAAUCUCGAGUCCAAGCUCGAGAAAAAAUACAUCAAGACUCAGAUCCGCAUUUUCGAGCGCAAUGCCGAUGACCAAUAUGGCACCAUCAAAACAUUAGACUGCGCCGCGGCCGACAUCAAUGAGUUGGCUAUGAGGCCCAACAGUGCUGCGUUCUCGUACAUUGCUGCCAGUUGCACUGAUGGCAAGGUAUACGUCUGGGACACAUCUGCGACUGAUUCUCCCAUGUGUGUCUUGGAACACGGAGAACCCGUGGAAGAGCUUUUAGGCGAUAGGGAGCAGGAGGACGUUGGAGUUAAAUUCGCAGCCUGGGGUUCGACCGCCGACCGUUUCUACACCGGGUCCUCAGAUGGAGUGGUCAAAGUCUGGAACAUCCGUCACGGAAAGGCUGUGCUCGUUCGGGAUCUGAUCGAGGUGGCUGGACCUAUCACGUUUGGUGCUUUCUCCCCAGAUCACACGAAGCUCGUCAUCGGAGACGGAACCGGCCGAGUCUGUCUUCUGACACUGGACGAGGAGCAGCCGGCCGCCACCGACUCGAACCCAUGCAUCCAACCCAGUUUCCUGAAGUUGCAGUCCGGUGGAGGUCAACAAAGGGUCAUCCGCCAUCCUCGCCCUUUCAUACCCCAUCCAGAAGUUCCGCCGCCAGACGCGAAGACUAGUCAAGAGCUGGCGAGAGGCUAUCUCGAGCGGCAAGAACUCGAAAUAUGUCCGAACCCCAAGAUCGGUGCGGUUCAGGGGCCGCAGUACGCCAACACCGGACUGUUCCGCGCCGAAGCCCACCGGAACGAAGAUCCAUCCCAGCCCUUGUUAGGGGCUUUCGAAAGACAGCAGCAGGAGAACGUAAUCGAGGACGAACCUCGAAGGGCACUGAAGAUUAAAGACAUAGAAGAAGCAGACAUUGUUCAACGGGAUACUCACAUGAAGAACAAAUCGGUGACAUCGGCGGACUUAGAUAUUACUAGUCUCGAUAUAAACACUCGAUUAGAACUCGAAGCGGAGAGAGCCGAGGUGUGUGUACAGUACGACUAUAGAUACGAAGAAGACUAG